UAAAUGUAUUGGUGGAAGGAGGAUCUAAUGGUGUGUCGGCUGAAGAUGAAAAAUAUGAGUUCGCAAGCAAGGUUUGGAUUGUAAACAAACUCCCAAAGUUUACAGAGGCUAAAAAAGAAGGUUUUGCUUUGAGUUGCACGGCCGCUGGAUCCCCUGUUCCGACCAUUCAGUGGUACAAAGACGAUCUGCCGCUUUUACAAAAUGGCGUCGAAAUCCAUGAACCGAUGGGACAAAUGGGAGAGAUCAAAUCCGAAAUAGUUUUUCCUUCUAUUUCAAGAGCUCAGAGUGGUGUGUAUCGGUGUGUAGCAGUGUCAGGAAACCGGGAAGAUCACACAGAAACUUUAGUUUAUGAUUUCCAAGGUUAUAGAAGACACAAUCAAGGAAUAUUUUCCUUUAUGCCACAUCUUCAGUAUUCACCAAACCACUCGACUGAGCCAACCAUUGUCACCUGGACUUCUCUUGUGAUGGGCGAUCAAGGCCGGCCGGUCAAACUCCUCUGUGAUGUUCAGAGUGAUAUAAAGGGAAACGUGAAAUGGGAGGAUGGGAAUGGAAAUGAGAUAUCUCAAGGUCCUACUCUACUUAUACCAGACCUCAAAUGGGAGAAUAUGGGAGGAUACACCUGUACAUACAGUACAACAGAAGGUAAGAGGGAAAAAAGUAUGUUUGUCUAUCCACUCCUACCCUGAAAAUAAGAAACCUAUGACUUGAAAGACGGCAUUAAAGCAAAAUUUGAUUUGAAUCGAUUUGAUGUAAAUUCUAAAUUAUUAAAUAAAUAUAAUUCAUCUA